AUGGAUAACAAAAAUGGAUCCACUGUGACUGAGUUUAUUUUAGUAGGAUUUUCUGGAGGAUGGGAACUGCAAAUUUUCUGCUUUGUGAUAUUUUCCUUGAUCUACAGUGCUACAGUGCUAGGAAACAUUCUCAUUAUAAUCACAGUGAUAUUUAGUUCUUCCCUUCAUUCACCCAUGUACUUCCUCCUUGGAAAUCUCUCCUUUUUAGACAUGUGUCUCUCCAGUGCCACAACACCCAAAAUGAUCACAAACUUGCUUACUGAACACAAGAUGAUUUCUGUAUGGGGCUGCAUGACCCAGAUGUUCUUUAUGCACUUCUUUGGGGGUGCUGAAAUGUCUCUUUUGAUAGUCAUGGCCUUUGACAGGUAUGUGGCCAUUUGUAAACCUCUGCACUAUAGGACAAUCAUGAAUCCCAGGUUGCUAAAUAGGUUUGUGAUACUUUCAUGGAUAGUUGGUUUCUUACACACUAUGAGCCAGAUGGUACUAACAGUGAACUUGCCUUUUUGUGGCUACAAUGUUGUAGACAACAUAUUUUGUGACCUUCCUCUGGUGAUCAAGCUUGCUUGUGUUGAAACAUAUAUCCUGGAGUUAUUUGUCAUUGCAGACAGUGGGCUUCUCUCUUUCAUCUGCUUCAUCCUUCUGCUUGUCUCAUACACUAUUAUCCUAGUCACUGUACAACAAAAAUCAUCUGGAGGGCUCCCUAAGGCUCUAUCCACAUUAUCUGCCCACAUAAUUGUGGUCACUCUGUUCUUUGGACCCUGUAUCUUUAUUUAUGCCUGGCCAUUCAGUAGUUUUGCAAGGAAUAAAACACUGGCCGUUUUUUACACUGUCAUCACACCUUUACUGAAUCCUGUUAUUUAUACACUGAGAAAUCAGAAAAUGCAAGAGGCUAUGAGAAAAUUACAUUUGCAGCAUAUCCAGUUUUAA